AUGAUGAGGCAAAUACCGCUGGCGUUGGAAUCGAUCAAGGGUGGAAAAGUCAGCGAAGUGAAAUGUUGGCAAGCGAUGGUGCAUUGGAUAAUCGUUUUUUCUUCAUCUUCGUCAUGGUUUCUUGUAAAAGGGAAUGCUCCAAUUCAACAGAUCUUAAACAAUCUGUGCUCCAAGAUGGUGACCCCGUUGACUGAACCCGAGAACUACAGGCGAUUAGCGGAUUCCCUCUUUCUUGCCGUCAACGAAUCUCGUCCUCUCAUCAGCAACGAAACUCUCAACGCUCUUUUCUCCAUUGUAUAUAAGCCUAUCAAAGCCACCACAUCAAAUGACCCAUUGAUGUCAAUUUUCGUUUUCAAAAUCCUGACAGCUCCCGGAUUAUUAGGCCAUCUAUCAAAAGCAUCAUUGGAUCUGGUGGCUCAAUCGAAUCAACUUUGCACAGUUUUGGAAGUGAUUCGGAAAGAGGAGAGCUCAGUGAGAAGUUUGCAUCCAAUUCGAGCGUUGAACUUGAUUGGGAAUCUUUGCCAUUUAGGACACAUGAACUAUCUGUUACUCGUCGAGGAUUUACUCGACUGGACGUGGACACUGAACUCGUUGAUGGGGAUUUGUUCAUCAGCAAUUGUUGGCAAGCUCGAAAAAUGCAGUCGAACGCAUUGGCAUCCGGUUUUCGGCAACUAUAAAGUUCGACUCGAUUCGGGAAACGAAGGUUCACUCUCGCAUGUUACCAAACAAUUGCACUACCUCUGGGGCAGACAUCUCACCAAUUGCCUCUUUGGAAAGGUGUUGCCAAGCGUGGAUUCCUCUUCCGAUUCGAAAAGCUUCAAGGCAGAAGCCACUGAGAUUGGACAUUCCAUUCAAAAACUCUGGAAAAAACUUGGCGGAAUGGGCUUGUCAGAGAGUUCAGCCGUCUCUCUUAAUGAUCCUCUCUCGAUGACAACACUUGUUUGUCAACUCUAUAUGAAUGCUCUCAACACAUUUACGAAUCUGAAAUCCGAGAUUUUAUCUGGUCUAUGUCGAGAGGAUGCACUGCUGGGACAACUUUGGUCAUACUUGAGGCAAUGGGGCGGAAGCUCAUCGUUGAGCGGAAGCAAUGGGCCUCUAGCGACGUCACUCUCAUUUUUCGCCUCCGAUCCAACAACACCGCAUCUCAACCCACUGCAUCUCUUUUGUGAUGCCACCGCUUUGACAAUAUCAAUUCUUGACGAAGAAGAGAUGUACGAGAAGGGCACCCCGUUCUCUCAACCGCAACUCGCCGCUAUCGCUCGCCUCACGAAUCUUUUCUGCUUUCGAGCCGUGUGGAAUGGAUUGUUAAUCAACAAAAAUGGUCUACCUUUGUUCGAAUCGGUUCACAAUCUGAACAGUCUCCUCUAUGCUCGCGAUUCGCGUCGAUCAUUCACAAACGACUCGAAAUUUUGGAUAGCACCUGAUGCGAAAAGUUCGACGCUGAUUAGCGAGUUCGAGAGAAAAACGGAGAGGGGUAUCUUUUUGAUGAGAAGAAUGAGCCAUUUGAUUUCUCUGAAAGAACGCAUGGUUCUAUUCAGAAAGAUCGUUCUUCUUGAUAAGGGCUCACGUUCACAACCCGCAACUUUGGUGACUGUUUGUCGAUCAAGACUGGUCGAGGAUGGGUACAGGCAGCUGUCUAUGCUGUCACCAAAUGCUUUGCGACAUACGAUCCGUGUGAAAUUCGUCAAUCAGCAGGGACUAGACGAGGCGGGAAUUGAUCAAGAUGGCGUGUUUAAAGAAUUCCUAGAGCUCACCUUGAAACAAGUCUUCGAUCCAGCGCUGAAUCUGUUCAAGAGCAGUUCCACCGGUCAUCUCUAUCCUUCGUCCACUUCAUCAAUAAACGAAGAACACCUUGCUUUGUUCACAUUCGUCGGGCGAUUGUUGGCUAAAGCUGUUUAUGAGGGAAUCGUUGUUGAUGUGCAAUUGGCGCCAGUUUUGUUGGCAACGGUUCUUGGCUCUGGUCAUUUGUCCUCUUUCGAUGAGUUGGCCAACUUUGACCCUGAGCUUUACAAGAAUUUGACUUACGUGAAAAGGUAUACCGACUCUGCUGAUGUGUCCGAUUUGGCGCUCACCUUUUCAAUUGAUGAGGAUUUCCUGGGAAAAGUGAAUACCGUUGAUUUGGUGCCCGGUGGAAGAGCUUUACCUGUCACAAAUGAGAACAAAAUCAGCUACAUUCACAAGAUGGCCAAGUAUCGCGUCUACACACAAACGAGACAUCAGCAAAAGGCUUUUGUUGAUGGCUUCCAAUCGGUGCUGAACCCGGAGUGGCUGUUUUUGUUCGCCCCACAUGAGCUUCAGCAUUUGAUUUCGGGAACAACGACUGACAUCGAUUUGCAAGAUCUUCGGAAGCACGUCCAAUAUUAUGGCGGAUUUCACUCAAAUCAUCGACUCAUCAAAUGGUUGUGGCAGAUUUUGGAGAGCGAUUUUAGCGCCGAGGAGAGAAGACUUUUCUUAAAGUUUGUCACCUCUUGUUCUCGGGGUCCAUUGCUUGGCUUUGCCUAUCUUGAGCCGCCGUUCUCAAUUCGUUGUGUCGAGGUUUCGGAUGAUUUGGAUCAAGGUGACACACUGGCGUCGGUGGUUCGAGGCUUUUUGGCCAUCAAACGAAAGGAGGCUCCGUCACGUUUACCCACCGCUUCAACUUGCUUCAACUUAUUGAAACUGCCGAACUACUCAAAAAAGAGCACUCUUUUGCAGAAGCUUCGUUACGCGAUUCACUCGGAAACCGGUUUUGAACUCAGC